UUUGAUGAGGUGGUGUGAGAGAUAGGACAAAAAAGAGAAUCCUCAAAUUUUAUCCACAUACGGAAUAAAAAGUCCACGUGGCAAGGUGGCAUUGGUCAGCAACCCAUCCUAGCAAAUUCGGUCCAUCACAAAAAUAAAAAAGCUGUACGUAUCAUAUUCACUUUAUUAGAGUUCAGUAGGAGAAGAAGAAGAAGAACAGAGGUAAAAAAAUGGCGUCGGCAGCAUGUAAUUAUGCCGCUGUUUAUACUUAUGGCUUGACGACCACUUCAUCUUCUUCGAGGGCGGCGGCGGCGGCGUUUUCUCCACACAAACCCUUUCUCUCCUCUGACUUUUUGAAAUCAGCAGUAGCAGUAAGGAAGCCUCUAAGGGUACCAAGAGCCUCAAAUGAGAAACUUACAAGCGGAAAGUUCGAGAAAGACUGGUUGAGGAGUGACCUGAAUGUGAUUGGGUUUGGGCUGAUAGGAUGGAUUGCACCAUCCAGCAUUCCAGCUAUCAAUGGCAGGAGCUUGACUGGGCUCUUCUUUCACAGCAUUGGCACUGAGUUGGCCCAUUGGCCCACCGGCCCAGCUCUCACUUCUGACUUCUGGUGGUGGAUGUUGUGGUGGCAUUUGGGGCUGUUUCUCUGUCUCACUUUUGGACAGAUUGGCUUCAAGGGAAGGACUGAAGAUUAUUUUUAAGAUUCUUAUUGUCACCAACCAAACCACUCUCUCCCUUGUAAAAGCAUUGAUUUAUUAUGACUUAUGAGUACAACACAUAUUAUCACUUAUCCGGAGUUGUUUCAGUUGGUUUUUAUCUAUCAUUUAGGAGUAUGUUAUAAGUGCUUCCAUGAUUCCAUCAUCUAUUUAAAGAGUAUCAUGAACCUUAGCUUUCUAUAUAAGGAAAUAAACUAAUUUAAGUGUUGGAUUGAAAUUCCACCAGUGACAUCAAGCUUGACACGAAACCAAAGAUAAAAAAUGAAGCUGGUGGGGUUUGAACAUUGAAGAGCACUAGGUUACAGACAAAGAUAUAAUCCAGAGAAAGAUGAGUCAAACAAGAGUGGAAAACUGAUUUUUUACAACCUACACAGUGCCCAAAUUGUCACAAACUGUUCGUUUGGCUAUCAACAAGAAGCAUAUGAGGGGAAAAGAUAAGCAUUUACUUUAUUCUUGAUACUAGAGGUCAAGUUGCAAGUAUCUGAUCCUUGAUACUGGAGAUCAGUGGAUGGCUAUUAUACAUGUAAAGGUAUACAUUUUGCCUUAUCACACAUUGGAUUAAUCAAGAUAAUCAAAUGAAUUUAAUUUUGGUAA